GUGAUUCGGUAGCCAUUGAUCUCUGUUUAUACACGUAUACACCACGUACCCCUAUGAUUCACUGAUUUCCUGACGUAACUCAUGGAAUUUCAGCCUCUUAUUUCUAUGAAUUACUAUCCAUGCCGGUUUUGCGUAAGCUGUCCUGGACAAACGUUUUCAUUGCUUACCUUGCAUGUAAAAGGAAACGGCAUUGCAAAAGUAUACCAGACGGGUGUUCUAUUUCUCGACACAGCUGCUCCGCUUUUCACCAAAGCUGUUCCGCAUCUCAACAAAGCUGAUCCACUUCCCACCAAAGCUGUUCCGUUCCCAACAAAGCUGUUCCCCUUCUCAACAAAGUUGCUUCCCUUCCCAACAAAGAACUGUUACUGUUCACUUUCGUGGUGUGUCACCGAUUUCUACCCCCCCCCCAAUUUUCUCAGAACCUCUUUUAAUUUUAGGUCAGUUAUGUUUGGUUUUUCACCAACCGGCGUACCGUUUUCCAUUAGCGAACGUAUUGUUGUCCAUUGACUGCUUUAUUGAUACAGAUACCCUUAUAUUUCGCCCCGAUAUGAAGCAGUGAAUGACAUACCAACAAAUCUCCGCUUUGGUUUUCUCUUACAAGGCGCUCAGGUCAAGC